CUCUGGGCCAGUAGCAGCAGUGAGCCAUGAAGCUUGCAAUCGUCCUCCUUCUGCUGGGGCUGGCAGUGCUCUGCCUGGGGGGCAAAGAUUCCCAGCACUCUGCCAGCGCCGGGGACUCUCGCAGCUCUGAAGCUUUUAUCUCCAGACAAGACUCUGCCAAUUUCGCGAGGAGACACAAGCGCAGCUACAGAUACAACGUAGCCCGAGGUGCAGCCGUGACAUCCCCCCUGGAGUCCCAGCGAGAGGUCUGUGAGCUGAACCCAGACUGCGAUGAACUUGCAGACCACAUCGGAUUCCAGGAGGCCUACAGGCGCUUUUAUGGACCAGUCUAAUUGCCCCCCUCCCCAAGCAGUGCAUGUAGCUCCUCCUGAUGCCCCCGCCCUUCCACGCCCCAUGUGGAUAUUUCCUGUUCCCCCAAACACAUGUUGUCUCUGAUUGGUUGAUAGGGUUCCUGUUUGCAUGGGAAGGAGAUGCUAUUGGCUAAUGAUGGAAGCUCUAAAACCAACCAUAGAUACUAUGCACCUGCACCCCUUCCUAUUGGCCCUUGUUUCAGACACCCGGGGGUCACUGGGAAAGGAUCAGCACUCCCUAGAGCCCCAGUGGCUGUCUCCAACUCCCAGCAUCCCAUUGGCUGAGCCACGGCUGCCAUACUGCUUGCCCAUGCAGACCUAAACUUGAAAAGCCCCCAUAGACCAAAGCAGGACCCCUAGUGGCCAAACCCACAUGGUGCUAUUCUGGUUCCUCUCUAGGGGAGUACUCAGAUUUACCUCAUCUGGGGCAAGCAACAUGGCAGCUCCUGUCCAUGUAUGGGGUAUGUUGUUCAUUUAAAGGGCCCUCACACUAAUAUAGCAAUAAAGCUUUGCCUGCCAUGAUUAUACUGCAGAUUUAUCAUUGGGCCCAGGGUGCACGUGGGAAUGGCUCCCCCUGCCUGCUGAUUGGGUGCCUGCACCCCCAUAUACUGUUCUGCCCGCGCUACUGUAUGUAUGUAAAUACCAUGAUACCCUAUGGGGUAUAGGCGCUUUCCCCUGACCCAUAAGUACUAGCCAAUACUCUGUUACUAUAGGGGGUACUCACCUGUACAUGAACUCACUCAGGCUGUGUUAUUCUGGGAAUUGUGACUGCUUUGUGGUUGCUAUGCUCACUGACCCUGACAACAGGGCAGUCGUUUGAAUGACAGACAGGGCACCGAAUGGAUAUCAGGCUGGAGAGAGGGAAAUCGAUAAACACCACAAAAGGCUGGAAUCAUCGCUCACCAGGGAUUCCAUGAAGAGACAAUAUAAGGUGAACUUGCCCUUUAAUCAGCUGGUUACGUAACGCUGCUGCUUUGCCCAAUGUACUACACACGCUAAUAAACUCCUUGUUACCCCA